GGAGCGAGCAGCGGGGCAGCGGAGCGGAGCGGAGGCGGCAGCGGAGCGUGGCAGGUAGGAUCCUGCCGGCAGGAACGGGGCUCCCGAAUGCCCGGGUCCCGCUGGUGCGAGCAGCCCGUCCGGGCCAAGCGACCGGGACUGGGGUGGCCGGGCGGGCGGAGAGGGGAGGGGAGGCAGCGGCUCCCGGUGCGGACGCGCAGCCCCAGACUCGACCGUGCCCGCUGUAGGAGCCCCGGGGAGACCCCGGCUGCCCGCCCCGGCUCGGUGCCUGCCGGGUGCUUUGGGGCGGCUGUGGUUCCCAGGUUGAGCACCAAGUUUGUCCCCGAGCAGAGCAAACGAGGUACCUGCACAGAUGGGGAAACGGAGGCAUUCUUUGCUGGGAACAGCAGUGACAGCAGCAGAAUGAGCAGCCCACUGAAAAAAAGAAAGCUCGAACCGCCAGCUCCUCCUCUCCUCCGUUUGCUCCCGUCUGUCCAGAACACGAAGGGUCCGCAGCCCCCAUCCCAUCACUGCUGCCAUUCCCCCCCCCCCCGUCUCCUCCCGCCCUCCGUGCCGUUCCCUCGCUGCAGGAUCUGGCCGUGCCGCCCCCAGAGUCCCCUCCGGAACGCGCUGCCGCCCCACCGACGGUCAGUGCCGCUCCUGCUGCUGCUCGCAGCCCUUCUCGCUGCCCGUCCAUUCCUGACCCCGUGUCCCCUGGGUUGCCGUCCCAGCUUUGCCACCGAUUCAGGUCUCAUCCAUCCCUGGCAAAGUUACCUCUCCCUGUCACAGCACCUUUGCUGCUGCCAACCCUGAGCAGAGGAUGUGAGAGAGCAACCCCAUUGCCCAUAGUCUCCCUAUUCUUUCUGUUCACAGUAUCUGUCCCUCUUUCCUUCUCUGAUAGUGAAGACUGCUCAGGACCAAAUGAAACUUGAGAGCAUCGCCAUAAACCCUUCACAAAAUGGUAGGGUGUCAAACGGUUACAAAAUGCUUCCAAGGGACAACAGAGCAGUGGGGGUUCCUGCCGGCUGCCUGGGAAGAUGCUGAACUGGGACUGGGAGUAUCCCACUGCACCAGAGGUGCUCUGAGUCACUCCUUGAGAGUAUGUGUGUAUCGCUUACAUACACGCAUACCUCAGAAGGGGCAGUGCUGCUGUCACUCUGUGCUGUUGCUAUCACUGUCCUGCCUCUGCAGGGCUGCACACAGAGAGGGGCUUCAGAACUAACGGAGUAGACAUAUGUAUUCAUUUCUCUGCUCCACCAGUGAGUGCUCUGAUAGCUACUAAGCCAUCGCUUUACAUUCCCAGCUCCCAUAUGAAAAGGGAAACAAAGCACUGAUGGGCUUUAUACAGACAGGUCAUGAGUUGUGGGCAACCAGGGAGAACCCUGAACCUGUGAGAACACAGGGAGAACCUUUCCCUGUGGGAAAGACAUACAGCCAGGCACUUAGCAGCCUGCCACCGCCUCCAGCUAGUCACCGUGCUCCUGGUCACCUGCUGUUUCUGAUAAGAGCAUCCCAAGCUCCCCGAAUUCCUUUUCCAACAGGCUCAAGAAUUAGGCUUGAAGCGGAGUGAUAAAUUGUAACAGAAGUGGCUCCCUGACUGUCAGAACCAAUUUUUGCCUAGUGAAGCAUGAACUGCUCACAUGCACAUCAAGGGAAGUCAGAUGCGGACUGUAACCAGGCUCUGUGACGUGCUGGCGCUCUGAAGUGAUCCUACAGCAGAUCACACCAGUGAGGGGAUGUUUGCAAGGCUGCCUUCUUUGAUUUGCAGAGAGGCGUGGAGGUAUUCCCUGUCUUUCUGUUCUCUUUGGAUCAGCCUUUGAAGAGGGCUGACUGUGGCUUAUCUGCCUUGCAAGAGAGAGAGAGAGAGAGAGCAAAUGAAGAGCAUCUGGUGAUGAGCAGGAUGGUGGGGAGGGGACAGCAGUCACCCUACCAGGCAGCACGGGCACUGUCUGUGUGGUUGUUGAUACUAAGCUGGUUUCCAGCCGAGCUGUCAGAUGUUAGAAAGGCUUUGCUAAUGACUUUCUCAGACCUACGGAAGGACCUCAGGGUAUGCACAUACCCUGUGCACAGCCUAAGCCAGUGCAGUCAAGUACCAGUAGGAAUAUAACACCCAUAACAGCCUGAGCUGCUCUCUGCUGCACACAGGAAGCUCUCUAGUCCUGGGGUGUUAGGUAACAACAGCCCCGGUCCCUCAGCCAGGCACUGGGACCAGACUCCCUGGCAGGUCUGGGUGAGCUCCCCUGCUUCCCAUACAUUCAUACACUGUGGGGUAUUCAGUUCGUGUGUGGCUGUAGGGUGGACUUUUGGCUGUACUGAGAACUGACACUGCCAUUUUAAUUGGUGUUGCUUACAUACCAAGGCAGAGCUGAGAUCACGUCUACCAUCUACCAAAGAUAAAUCGCUUGCACCUCAGUGCUGGUCAGCCCACCUUUCUGGAGGAGUCAGUUCAUCCCUCUGCUAUACAGGGAUACAUAUACAUAUACAUAUAAAUAUACAUAUACACAUACAAAUAGGCCAUUCCACAUCUACAAACCUCAAGGUUUCUUCUACGAAGCAGAAGAGGCUCAGCCAGAGAUCAAGUUUCUGUGCUGCACCUGCCACAAGGCAAAUUCACACUCAGACAGCUCUGAGGACCCCUCUGCUUCAGGAUUGGUAAGUGUCCAAGGGAGAAAUCUGCAUGUCUACAAAUGAAGGGCAGUGACCUGGGUCACAGAGAGUAGGGGUAGCAUGUGUUUCCUCCCCUGAUGGAGAGGCUGUCACUGCAGGAGGGGCACUUGACUCCUAGCAGCUGCUGGGCAGUGCACGGGAGGCCAAAGACUGCAUUCCUGCUUUGUAGCCUUUAUGCACCUUUAACACCUCUUUCAUUGCAGCAGUGGUUGUGUUGAACAGGGCUUGCAGUGACUCCAAGCAGCUGACAUCCCCAAAUCUGCACUGAUACCUGGAACAUCUGCAGACCCACGCUCACAUGCCUCUUGCAGUGCUUCUGCUUCAGGCACUCGCAGUGUCCAUGCUCCCAGGCCAAACCUGAACCAGAAUGCACAAGCUAAAGCUUGAUUUCUUGCAGAGAUUCCACAAUCUCUGUACUCGUGGUAAGCCGGCCUUGGACCACACAGUAGUAACCACAGCACACCCAUACACACACUGCAGAGGGAAAAGAACUCCAGUCAUAUUUAUUCAAGGGAAACUAUGCCUGCGUACACAGAUAGAUAGAUAUAAAAUAUAUUCUUCCAGCUCCAGAACUAAAAAAACAUGCAGACAGAUUUCUGUGCCUGUGAUGGAGAAACUACAGUUUCUCCAUGCAACCUCACCUUCAGCUUGCAAUCCAAAUGCUUAUUUUGAUGGCAGAGGAUGGAUGCUGGAAGCUCAGUUCUGGGGGAGAGCUGCCCUGUGGGGCAGAGAAAAGGAAUAUGUUUCUGGAUCACUGAAAGCAAAGCACAGGGUGUCCCAUCAGAGUUGCCCUCCUCAAAAAGUCAUCCCUUGGGCACAACAUAGAACUGGGUAGUAGCUGUCACUGCCAAAGAUGUUUCCAGCCUAUAUCUAGUGUGUGAUGCUUGUUCUAGGAGCAAGUACUGAAAGGACUGAAAACAGGAGCUAUAAAACUGUAUAUCGGUAUUGGCAGAGCAAACAUCUCAGGUUGUCCAGCUGGUUGGUUCGAGGUCGGAGCCCCACUGCUGGGAACAAACCUCACACCCCUCCUGCCAUCAGUUGGACCAGCUGGGAGGUGAAAAUCCUGGCUCCCUUCUCCCACACAGGUGGAGGCUGUGCCACCCAUGGGGACAGAUGCUAUGCUCUCCACUCCCCCGGCUCCACUUCCAGCGUCAUCAGUCCGAGGUGACAUCUGAGCCUCGGGUGUGGAUUCCUUCCAGGGCCAGAAUGGGGGAGCAGGGAAUCCUUUACUCCCACCCUACCCUCACCUAUCCUGCAGGCCAGCAGUGACCAGAAGAACCUGCUGAAAUGCAUGUGUGCCACAGAGCUGAAAGCAGAGCAUCUGUGUCCUGCCAGCUAACAUGUCUGUCAGCCAACCUAAUAGGCCAAGCAGCACCUCUCCAGUCUCUCACCUCUCUCCCUGUGUUGCCACAGGCUCCAGCUCAGCACGGCGCAGAAUGAUGGAGCAUGAGGACUUCACCAGCUUGGCUGGGUACUGGAAUUCCUCUGACAGUUACCAGUUCAGCCCUGCUAGUGUCAUUGUCCCCGUGGUCUUCUCCCUCAUCUUCCUCCUGGGCACAGUUGGCAACAGCCUGGUGCUGGCAGUGCUGCUGCACAAUAGGCAGAUGGGCCACAACACCACCAACCUCUUCAUCCUCAACCUCAGCCUGGCUGACUUCUUCUUCAUUGUCUUCUGCGUGCCUUUCCAGGCCACCAUCUACUCCCUUGAGGGCUGGGUCUUCGGCUCCUUCAUCUGCAAGGCUGUCCACUUUUUCAUCUACCUCACCAUGUACGCCAGCAGCUUCACACUGGCUGCCGUCUCUGUGGACAGGUACCUGGCCAUCCGCUAUCCGCUGCGCUCCCGGGAGCUGCGGACUCCCUACAAUGCAGUGGCUGCCAUGGCUGUGAUCUGGGGUCUCUCCGUGGUUUUUGCUGGGCCCUACCUGAGCUACUAUGACCUGAUUGAGUGGGAGUCCAGCUAUAUCUGCAUGCCUGGCUGGGAGGAGUGGAGACGCAAGGUCAUGGACACCAGCACAUUUGCCUUUGGCUAUGUCAUCCCAGUUCUGGUCAUCAGCCUCUCAUACACGAGGACCAUCAAGUACCUGUGGACAGCAGUGGAACCCUUGGAGGACAUGUCAGAGUCCAAGAAGGCCAAGCGGAAGGCCACCUACGCCUUCCGCCUGCUUUCCCACUGCAUGGCCUAUGCCAACUCCUGCCUCAACCCCAUCGUCUAUGCCCUGGUAUCCAAGCAUUUCCGUAAGGGCUUCAAAAGAGUCUUCAGCUGUCUCCUGAGGAAAAAGCACCGCAACAAGGUGCAUGUGUUACAUGCUGCUCACACUGUGCCUGGCUUUGAGGCUGGCUCCACUGAAGUGUCCCAGGUGCAUGAGGAAAACAACAGGUGUGAGCUGAACCCAGACUCCCUGGCAGUCCCCUCUGGUUCUUCUAAGCACCUUCACCUUUCUUAGUAGCUCCACACCAUGUGCCAGCCCAGCUGUGCCAUCUGCCUCAGGCUACUCUCUCCCAUUGAAUGAGACAGGAUGCUAGGAAUGGCAAGACAGAAACCUUGCUAUAUCCUGCUUCUGGCCUUGCCGUUCCUCUUCUUUCUCAGCAUCACUUGCCCUAAGCCAUCUCCCCACAACAUCUUGUGUGCAAGGGAAGGAAUGGACCCACACUUGCUCCUGAUCCACAGCCCACCUGGAGUUCAAGGACUAAUGCUCCAGCUCCUCUGUUGACUCUCAUCCUUCUAAGUCUUCUGCUAAGCAGCUCCACUACAUUGGACAUGUUUGUUGUCAGAUGGUCCCUUCUUGCCUCCUGUUGUCUGAUCUGGAGAAAGUGUUUCUUAUGGAGCGGCAGGGGAGACAGGCAGUGUGAGCAGGGCCAGGUGAACAAAGGUGGGACAGAGAGCAACCAGCAUUGCCCAUGGAUGGCUACAGUGGUGGCUUCUGUACUGGCUGUGCUGCUCUCCUUGCGGCCAUGUCCUUCCCUGGGGUGUGGGGCUGUGGGCUGUCUGUAUGUGUGCAACGUUGCUGCUGUAAAUACUAGAGAGAUGUUUUUCUGACCCAAAGUAAAUAAAUGCACUUCCCUAAACCAGGCAGUA